UCAGCAAUAGUACAAGUACGUGUUGAUUUUUGUGUGUGUAUUUAUAUGUGGGACAGUUGGUCGUCAGUGAAUAUUAUGUUUCUUCGUUUGAUGGUGGAAAUAAAUAUGGUGUAACAAUGGAUGAAUCGAUCUUUAAACAAAAAUAUCAGAAGUACAAGCUACGUGUCAAAUUGUGGGAGAAAGACUUCAAGAAGAAGAAUGGACGUGUGCCCUCUAAGUACGAUAUUCGUGAGGCCAGCCAGGACAUACGCGACUCCUAUAAAAUGUACUACAAGUUGAAGACUUCAUUUUUGGAGGAGACCCUCAGUGAAGUUCUCAGCGAAGAUGGUUUCGAUAUGCUGGAAAUGUCAGCGGCUGAAGAUCUGGGUGUUAGUGUGUUAGAUCAGGAUCAAAGUCUUAGCAUAAAUGGUGGUCCUCCGCUACCGCUCGAUAUAGUUUCGCUGAUGGAGACUCCCAAACAAACGGUAAACUUUUCCAACCUGCAGGAGCUGCCCCACCCGCAGGCUUUAAGUAAUCUCACUAAUUUGGAUGAGAAUCAUGUGAUACGCAAAUUUGAAGCUGUCAACGAGCUACAGCAAAAUCAAAAUGCCUGGGGUCCAAAUGUGAGCAAACAACAGCCUAUAAAGGAAACUAAAUCCAUUAAAGAGGAAGAGAAACGGCGUUCUUCAGUUGGACUUAAGCCCAGUCUUAGUGCGAAAUUGUUUCAAUCUACACAGGGAUUCGCCAAACGUAAUCCUCGUAAGCCUCUUUCACGAAACUCCCUGAAUCUUGGAGGCAGUUCCUCCGCCAGUGGGUCAAACUUGGAAGCAGGUGGUGCUCUACUAGAGGAACUGCCCGAUUUCGAAACAAUUCUUAUACGGAAGGCCCAGGAAUAUAAGGAAAAAGAGGCAGCUAUUGCAUUAAAUCCCUUGCUUCAUAUAGAUCAUUCAAAGGAAGCUAUCAAAACCCACGUAGAUGAAGGCUGGCUACAACGGAACACUGAAUCUAACUCGCUAAGAGCUGAAGUCAUCAAUAUAGAACCAAAUAACAAUGGGAAUCCUGGAAGGAAAUCCCAUUUCGGCCUGUCCAACAUAGAUGUCAGUAAAUUGAAAGCCUCGGAAAGUCCCAUAAGCAAUCCACUAGACGAUCACAUUAAUCCCUUGCCCUCUCCAACCAAUCCCUUGCCAUCCGUUUCUCACGAAGAAGAAGAAUCUGGCGACUCUGAUUCCAUAGUGGCAGAAAGCGAAGAGGAGCCUGAGCCACAGGAGCAUCGCCAUUUGGCCAAGCGUCGUCGCAUUAUACCGGACAGUGAUAAUAGUGUGGCACAACCAAAACCUCAGGUAGAAGCAGAACCAGAGCCACCCCAGCAAUCAGAGCAAGAUGAAUCUGUUAAAGAUUUUUCAGUGGAUGAAGAUGAAGAUGCCACAUACGAACCGGCACAAGUGAAAAAAUCUAAGGCCAAACGAAAACAAGCAACUGCUAAAAGGCAAACCAACAAACCCAAGCCAGAAAAGAAACCCAAGGGCGAAAAGAAGACACCAAAACCUAAACCAGAGAAGAUGCCAAAGAGAACUGCAAAGCCAAAGAUCGAGGAGAUAACACCAGAUGAUGGGGAGCCAGAAGUGGAGAAGCCCCUGAAUCCGGAAGAUCUUAAAUAUGUACUCGCUAUGGAAGCCGGUGACAUUACGUCUGUGCCUCGCAUACAAAUCCACGAACUGGAGCAAGCCGAUGAAACUGCCCAGCGUUACAUAAGAAAUUUUACCAUGCCACAAUCAGCAACUGGCGGAGGAGGAUCCUCGCACCAAAUUGAUGAAAAACGCUCAGCUGCCCGCAAAAAAAUGGAGGAGAGAAUCGCUGCAGGGAAACUGAAUGAGAACUUUGUCACUAUCAAUAUACAGAAAAAGAAAUUUGUUCGAGGCAAAAAAUCGGUGAAUUUUUCCAAAUACAAGAAGCAACAAUGGCGCCAUAAAAAGCGAGUGGCUGCACUUAGUGGUCCAGACAUGGAUAUGGGUGGUUGUGAUGGAGGUGUAAUUACUUGCUUUCAAUGCGGUGGUGUUGGUCAUUUCGCAGCUCGGUGCACGGUUAAGGGAGAUAACCUGUUGCCACUUACCGCUCAGCUUGAGGAGGAUCCCUCGCCAUUCCCCACCCUGGCCGAGGCGGAACAGAUGGCCAACGAUGGAGCAGUGGCUGCCCACAGUCGCAAUAUUGAGCGUUUACCCCAAGCAGCUAAUUCGGCCAUUCUCCAGAGAGAUAAUGACGACGAUGACGAUGUCGAGGACGAGGACGAGAAAAACGGCAACAGCAGUAAUAGUGAGGCGGGGGAGCAUGAAGAUUCGUCAAAGCCCGAACCGGAUUGGUCUGAUAAUGAUUCGGAUAUCGAUAUUGACGCUUUAGAUGCAGCAAUUGAGGCGAGUCAAUCACAAGUAUCGACUACAUCUCCCAUUAAGAGCUAUGUAGGGCACAAGAUACCAGAAGAGUUCCUCAAGCAGGCAGGCCUGGAUGUGAACUCCUCCAAGACACGCACUCAGCACGGUGGCGUAAGUCCUCUCUACGAUCUCCUGCCCAAUGGUGAUAUUCAGAAUGCAACACCUGAAGUGAUAGAAGCUUUACACAUGUUUGGUCACAGCGAUUUCCGAAAGGGCCAGGAUCGUGCCAUUAUGCGCACCUUGUCGGGUCUCUCAUCAUUAGUCACCCUAAGCACAGGCAGUGGCAAGUCCCUGUGCUAUCAAUUACCUGCCUAUCUGUAUAGCCGUCAGCUGGGAGCUAUCACCUUGGUCAUCUCGCCUCUUGUGUCGCUUAUGGAGGAUCAGGUCACCGGUGUGCCACAUUUCCUGCGAGCACAUUGUCUGCACACUAACCAGACACCGCAGCAGCGGAUCAAAAUCCAGCAAUUGAUAGCGAAAGGAGAGAUUGACAUUUUGCUUGUGUCCCCAGAGGCUGUUGUAUCCGGCGAGCGUGCAACUGGCUUUGGAGCCAUUCUCCGUCAGCUGCCGCCGAUAGCCUUUGCCUGCAUCGAUGAAGCCCAUUGUGUGUCCCAAUGGAGUCACAAUUUUCGACCUAGUUACCUAAUGAUUUGCAAAGUCUUGAAGAAAAAUCUCGGCGUGAAGACGGUGUUGGGUCUAACAGCCACAGCAACUUUGCCUACCAGAACCAGCAUUAUAAGGCAUCUGGGUAUUCUUGAUGGUGAGAAGGGAAUUAUUAGCGAUACCCCACUACCGGAUAAUCUCAUUUUGUCCGUAUCAAAGGAUGAAAAUCGUGACGCUGCCCUCUUGCAGUUGCUGAAUAGCGAAAGAUUCGAGCCCUGCCAAUCGAUAAUCAUUUAUUGCACCCGUCGAGAUGAGUGCGAAAGGAUUGCUGGCUUCAUCCGUACCUGCAUUCAAGACCAAAAACAGAAAUCCGCCGAUGAUGGCAAAAAGAAAAAACGAAAACGUGUCAAUUGGCAAGCUGAGCCUUACCAUGCUGGCAUGCCUGCAUCUCGAAGGAGGACCAUACAGAAUGCAUUCAUGGGUAACGAGCUUAGGAUCGUGGUGGCCACCAUAGCUUUUGGCAUGGGUAUCAAUAAGCCAGAUAUUCGAGCAAUUAUCCACUACAAUAUGCCUAGAAAUUUCGAAAGCUAUGUACAAGAAAUCGGACGCGCUGGACGCGAUGGACUUCCUUCACACUGUCAUCUGUUUCUGGACUCGAAAGGAGGAGAUCAAAAUGAGCUGAGGCGUCAUGUCUAUGCCAAUUCCAUAGAUCGCCAUGUAAUACGAAAGUUAUUGCAGAAAAUAUUUGUGCCUUGCAGUUGUGAGAAGCAAUUAAAUGGGAAAAAAUUACCAGCGGCGGCACUUCGUCCACCUGCAGUGAAUGAUGCCGAUGACAAGGAUCAAGAGGCACGUGAUCAUAUCUGUCCGGGCCAUGAAAUUGGCUUCUCUGUGGAGCAAACCGUUGAGGCUUUGGACAUUCCGGCCGAAAACAUAUCGACGCUUUUAUGUUAUAUGGAAUUGGAACCACGUUGGUGCAUGAAUGUCCUCAGUUCCGCUUAUGUUAUGGCCAAAGUUAUCUCCUACGGUGGAGCCAAGUACUUAAAACAUGCAGCUAAAGAAUGUCCACCUCUGGCCAUGGCUAUUGCUUUGAAAAUUAAGGAUAAGUCAUUUAAGGAUGAUUCCAACAUUAUUGAGUUUUCAGUCACCGAUAUAGCCGCUGGCAUCGGCUGGAAUAGUGGCGUAGUGAAGUAUCAACUUAAGAAUCUGGAAUGGAUUCAGGUCAAUGGCUAUCCCAAACGUUCACCCAUUUCCGUGAGUUUCUUUGAUCUUGGUUUCCGACUUAAGGCUCCGGGCGAUUUCACUGAAACUGAAAUUGAUAAUGCCUUGGAUACACUAUACACGCGAUCUGUGAAACAAGAGCAAACGCAGCUCAUCCAACUUCAGUAUGUGGCCCAUGGGUUGGCUGCUGUGGCAUAUAAUACUUGUGCGCAUUGCUGUAAUGCCGAUUUCCCACAGGAUCGUGGUAACCAACUGAAAGCCAUCAUACGUAACUAUUUUCAAAAUGAUUAUCCACAGGAUUUGGAACUCGAAAUCGAGCCGGACAAUGUGCCAGAUGAUUAUAUCAUAUCCGAUGUCCAUGCCCUGAUCAACAUGUAUCCCGAUAAUACAUUUAGUGGUAGAAAUAUCGCUCGCAUUUUCCAUGGCAUACCUAGUCCAAAUUAUCCAGCUGUUAUGUGGGGUCGCUGUAAAUUUUGGCGGGCACACAGUAAGGUAAAUUUUAAUCGCAUUCUAAAAUUGGCCAAUCUGGAAAUUGUAAAACGGCGAACCUAAUUAUCUUUUUGUUUAAAGACUAUACAAUUUAAAUAUAUUAAAGUUAAAACUA